UUCUGUAUCGCAGCUUGGCAGCUCCAUGCUGUUGCUGUAGUUCACACGUAAUGCUGCACACUGCAGAAGAUGAGCGAGAAGAGAAGGUCAACAUCAGGCUCCUUUCAGCCGAGGACCAGGUGGAGAAAGAGGGCAAAACGAGAAUGGAAACCCCUGGAGGACCGAAGCUGUACGGAUUUGCCAUGGUUUCUGCUCUUCACGCUCUUCUGCGUGGGAAUGGGUGCUAUCUGUGGGUACACCAUAGUGACGGGAGGCGCAGCGAGGCUGGUGUUUGGAUAUGACAGCUACGGGAACACUUGUGGUCAGCGCAACGAGGCCAUCGAAGGGGUCAAGCUGAGCGGCCUGGACCAUACGGACAGGAAAUAUGUGUUCUUCCUGGAUCCCUGCAACAUAGACAUUGUUCAGAGGAAGAUUAAGUCGAUGGCCCUCUGUGUGUCACAGUGUCCCACUGAGGAGAUGAAGACGUAUGGGGACCUACGGCGCUUUGCCAUGAUCAACGGCUCAGAGCUCUGUUCCUAUGAGCUAGCUGGCCAUAAGUACCCGAGCCUUCCAGAGCGCUAUGACAAGUGUCCCAAACUUCCAGUUCCACAGAGUAAAGCUCUGCCGUUGUUUAACCGUUGCACGCCUGUGGACAUCUCCUGCUAUUCUAAGUUUGCUGAAGCGGUGGUGACGUUUGUCAGUGAUAACACAGUGCUCCACAGACUGAUCGCUGGGGUGGUGGCCAGUAAAGAGAUCAUUGUUGGGCUCUGUCUGUUAGCGUUAGUGCUCUCCAUGAUUCUGAUGGUGAUCAUACGCUACAUCUCUGCUGUCCUGGUGUGGAUUCUCACUGUUAUCGUGGUGCUGGGCUCUCUAGGAGGCACCGGCGUUCUGUGGUGGUUAUAUAUAGACCACAGACUGACGAUGAACGAGACUGUGGCUAAAGAUUUAAAGGAAGUAAAAGAAACGAAUGGGGAAACAGAGGCUUCCAAAGACCACAUGCAAGCCCUCCUGGUCUAUGCCAUCUCAGCAACUGUGUUCACGGUGAUUCUGCUGCUGCUGAUGUUGUUUAUGAGGAAGCGAGUAGCUCUGACUAUUGCUCUGUUCCACGUGGCUGGGAAGGUGUUUAUCCACCUGCCUCUGCUCGUACUGCAGCCUUUCUGCACCUUCCUUGCCCUGUUCCUCUUCUGGGUCUACUGGAUCUUGGUGCUCCUCUUCCUCGGAACCACUGGGAUUCCUGAGAAGAACGAGGAGACAGGACUGACGGAGUUCAGGCUGAGUGGUCCCCUGCAGUAUCUGACCUGGUACCAUGCUGUGGGUCUCAUCUGGAUCAGCGAAUUCAUCUUGGCGUGUCAGCAGAUGACUGUAGCUGGAGCUGUGGUCACAUACUACUUCACCAGGGACAAGAACAAACUCCCUCUGACUCCCAUCCUGUCAUCUGUGUUGCGUUUGAUGCGUUAUCACCUGGGCACUGUGGCCAAGGGCUCUUUCAUCAUCACCCUGGUCAAGAUCCCACGCCUCAUACUCAUGUACAUCUACAACCAGCUCAAAGGAAAGGAGAACGCAUGUGCGCGCUGUUUGCUGAAGGCAUGUAUUUGCUGCCUGUGGUGUUUGGAGAAGUGCCUCAAUUAUCUGAACCAGAAUGCGUAUGCAGCAACGGCCAUCAACAGCACCAGUUUCUGUACGUCGGCGCGGGAUGCCUUUGUGAUUCUAGUAGAAAAUGCUCUGAGGGUGGCAGCCAUCAACACCGUGGGAGACUUUGUGCUCUUCUUGGGCAAGGUCCUGAUUGUGACAUGCACAGCGUUUGCGGGGGUGCUGGCACUGAACUAUCAGAGGGACUACACGGAAUGGGUGCUGCCGCUCAUUAUCGUGUGUCUGUUCGCCUUCCUGGUGGCCCACUGCUUCCUGUCCAUCUUCGAGAUCGUGGUGGACGUUCUCUUCCUUUGCUUUGCCAUCGACACCAAAUACAACGACGGCACGCCUGGCAAGGAGUUCUACAUGGACAAGGCCCUUAUGGAGUUUGUGGAGAACAGCAGGAAGUCAGUGGCCCCGGCAGAACGGGGGCGGAGCAAGCGGUCCCGUGCCCGCGAGGAGGCGGAGCUGACGGAGAUGAAGGCCAUGGUGAGUGGCCCUGUGGGGGGUGCGGCAGGGCUGGAGUGGGAGGCUCUGCAGGAGUUUCUGCUCUACUACCUGCUGCUGUGUGUGCUGCUGGACUGGGUGGUGUCUGAGCAUGCGCUCGUCGUGUGCUUCAGUCAGGACAUGAUCAUCUUCCUCUGUGUGUGCCUGCCCACCUCCACACUCUUCCUGCUGCUCACACUGCUUCAGCACACGCCCAUCACCACUGCAUGCUGACUAACAGUCACCCUCCAUCUAUCCCUUCAUCCAUUCCUCCUUCACUCUGCACGUUGCACUAACAGAGUAUUUUUCUACAUGCUGGAUUCUUUUUCAUUUUUGUUGUCAUUCUUGCCUGACUUUUUUUUUUACUCCUGGCUGUCUUGAACCCAAAGUGCAGCUGUGUAAAUAAUUUUUUUUUUCUGAGGCCUUAUCAUCACCGUGUUGCUUUUGGAGAACAGGAUGAGCUUGGCCAUGCAGGGGAUGGAACUGCCAGGCUGGAAAUGCGGAUGGAAUGAACAGGAGGAGGGAGGGGAAAGAGGUUUUAAAAGCUUAGGCAGCGUACACAUUCCCCGCCGUGAUGGCUUUGAGUCACGCUCCAGCCCCGCGGGUGCUAUCAUUAACUGCACUACUACUUGGUUCUGCACUGGUUACUAUUGAAAUAAGUAUGGUUACAAAUUGCUUUGGGGAAUUUCUUUUCGUUUUGUUAUGUUUCCCACUUGAAUUUCUGGAUCCUGUGAAAGUGCCAGAUUUCCAUUCGAUGCUGUGAAAGGCUGUGAAAAGCAACACUAGUCUUGUGUGUAAAGAUAGAUAGCACUUCUGACAGAGUAUAAAUAAUGCUCAGCUGGACAAAUUGCUGACAGAUUGAAUCUUUUCUCCUGGUUUAGUGUAAAUGUUGGUGAGCUUUUAGCUGGCUGCCUUCUGGUCUUAAGACAGCCUGUCUGCACUUUGCUACUUUCUGUCCUGGCAUGCCCUCUGGUUUCUUUGGCAGUCAUUAUUGACCUUGUUGUCCACUUUGUUUCUUUUCUUGGUCACAUUUCAUCACUUGUAACUAGAGAUGGCACAGUACCACUUUUUAUUUUCCAAUAUCAAAACCUUCAUCAAUACAAUCUGAUAUUUUUCUUCAAAUUCCUCCAAUUUUUAUACAGUUCUGCAUAAUUCAAUCACUGCACUGUAGACAAAGUUAUUCAGGGAGGUUGAGUAAGAUUUUCUUUACAGUGGUGGUGAGUAGAACCAGAGCUCAUGACAUCCACAAAGCAUAAAUACUCAUUUUAUUAACUAUCCAAAAUGACCAAUGAGCCUACACGUGUCUUUUAUAUGCAAUGUUGAUAAUGAUAAAAUAGUGGUAAAUCUGAAAAAAUAAAGUUUCUUUGGGUACUUAUUUGCCUUACAACAUCGGUCAUGUACCAUUAUGCUUUGUGGGUCCUUAAAAAAUAUGUUUUAAGCCAAAACCUUUUCUCAAAACUAUUGUAAAGCAGUGUCUCAGACACCAGUCAGUGUGUUUGUAACCAUUUUAUGGAAUAACUUUCUGUGGGGGAGCUUUC